AUGUCUGUUGCCGAAAAUCUUGUUAAUAACCCGGAACAUGUAGCACCAGACCGAGUUGCUCAUGUUACUCAACAAAGUUCAACUGCACUUGAGGGUGUUGGUGCAAAUCCACCAAUUCCACAAAAUCCAAUUGAUGAAUCCACGGAAAAACAAUCUACGGUGAAAGAAGCUGUAAGUGAUGCUAUUAACAAGACUAUUGAUGCCGUCAAAGAGACUAUUGAUAACAUUGUAGGCGUCAAAACAGAUACUGACAAAAAAGCUGAUGAUUCUAAAACAAAUGGCGAAUCUAAAGAGGAUGAAAGAAAAUCAUAA